AUGUUUCUCAAUUUACCAAAUCCAUGCCUUGUAGGUAUCGUGCUGACUAUAUCAACGUCAUCAGGCCCGUUGGUUGUUUACCAUUAUCCACCCACGAGUCAAUUGAGUCUUAAGAAGCAGCACAAACAUCAAAAAUUCUUAAAGGAUCGAGAACCUCCAAGCACAAAUGCUAGACAUUCCGUCGUUUCUCGCAAUUCAAGCUUAGGCCACUAUUCUCACUCUCGCCAGGCAGAGAAUGAAGCAGUCUCAACACACGUUUCCAGUGGCACAGGAAGCGAUAUUCCGGAUGAUUCUAGCAGCUCCGACAACGAUGCAAGCAGCGGAUUAAGUGAAAGCGAUAUUUCUACAGAUGAAGCCGAUACUUCUUCCAGCUCAAGCUCGUGCCACGAGGAUGAACUUCAUCCAAGGCCCACUGGUUUAGAAGACUUCGAUUUUGGAGAGAGCGCACAAUCUCAAGUAACGCCAAAAAAUCCAGCUUUUAAUUCCUAUAUGGAUGCACACAAGUUAUUCGAGUUUCUUAGCAACGACGCGUCAAAACGUAAUUCGGUAUCUUCAAAGCAGCCUCCAUCUAGGACCAGAGGUACAUCUCUCAAUUCUGCGACCCAAAUUAACGAUGAGUUAGUGAGCUCUCUGAUAGAGGACCAAACCUUCGAAGAAGGCUUUCAGGAUUUGGGGAAAAUACAAAAUUUCGACACUGAGUUUUUUGCGGAGAUUAGUUGUCCACCCAAAGAGAUGUGCAACAGCAGAUUCGAGCUCAGUAUUGAAAAUUUCACUCUUUUGGGGCUGCCUGUUCACAAGGAUGCCGAUGGCUCGUGGAGAAAAUCUUCAAAGAGAAAAACACAUUCUUCCCGUCAGCGAAGCUCGGCCUCUCGUGAACAUAAUCGGUCUGAAAGCCAGGAUGGUCAAGCGAAAUCAAGAGCUGCUCCAAAUGAGAGCGGGAUUGCUCGAGAUUCUAGCCAAACAGAUGAAUCAAUCGAGGAAGGUCGGCCUGAAUCACGCCAAUCUAGAAGAGAGUUCAGAGAGCUAGGUAGUUCCAUGAAUAUGUUCCACCUCUGUUUUAUGAUGGAUCCGGAACUAGUGGAAUACAAUGAACGAGUGGAAGAUAUGUAUCACUACGUUGCUAGCCGUCUAGCUCUUUUCUUGAGAUAUGCACAGUCUAAGAAUGACUACGUGAGCCGAGAAUGUGCACAAAUUCUGCGAGAGAAGGAUCGUGUCUUAAAAUACUCUGAAGUUUACAAAAGUACUCGUGGUUCCAGCAACAAGGCUAAAUAUCUUUACAAAAACAUCUUAGCCCAAUCAUCGCUGGCUCGAGCAAUCACCAAGUGCUUUAAUGCAAUUUCCACUAACAAAGUGGUCAAUCUGGAGUUGGACGGAGAUAGAAUGAUAUCUUUGCAAAUUCCAAUAAAGAACGAGUUUUCAUCUCUGCCCAAUAUGAAGAUUGAUCCUGUACUAAGGGGAUCAUAUUUGACAUCAGUCUUAAACAAAACUUUUCUGGAACGGAGCGCUUCUUUCAGUAGCGAUCUAGCUGGCGAUCUGAGCCAGAUUGACGAUAAUGACGAUCUUUUGGAUUAUGCUCUUCUUCUUUUAGAUGAGCCUGCAAGUAUAAUUCAAAAAUUAGAAGAUUCCUCAUGGGGUGACAGUGUGGCAAGCGUGAUUAUUACCUCUAUUGUGAAACAUUUGAAGCCUACAUUACCAUUAAGAUCCUAUUACCACCUAGUGGACCAAGUGUUGCAGCGCGGCGGGACAAAAAUCGAAGAACAGCGGGAAAAUCCUUUUAGGACCAGUGUGCUGAGAUCUUUGGCCCUUCAUUUGAUGUACUGGAGACAUGCUCGUGUAAUUAUUCCAGUUUCUUCGAAAAACACAUACAUUGUCUCACCACUCGCUCCAUUAAACGGGACACGGGUUGAUGAUUUCUCGAAUGCUGGCUUAGACAUCGGUUCAACGGCAGAAAAGGCUCUAAUAUAUCAAAAUCAAGAUAUUUUCUCCAGAAGAUUUCCUUCACUGCCUCCGCUGAGUUCAUUCUUGAGCUUGAUGUCAAGCUCCAAGCCGAGGUCGUUUGGUUUUUUGAUACCCUCAAAAGAUCAUAAGAGCAUUUAUCUCAGUGCGCUAACUUGGCUUAUUCGUUACGGCUACGUGACACAGCUUCUCACAUUCGUUUGCAUUAGGGUAGAUGUAAGGAUCAAAAUAGCUGUGGAUGAAGACCUCGAACGUGACGGUAUCAAACCCAGAGAUUUCGCCCGCGCCAAAAACCUUCUCACUGCAGCAAAUGACAACGCAAUCUCUACAAAACCUUCGGAUUCCCCAUUCACCUCGACUUCGAAUUUGGAAAACAUAUAUCUUGCUGAAGACGAGUUUCUAGAUGACUCGGAUUUUACAAUCAUUUUGGAGCCUAUUAGAGCCAAUGCGAUCGAGAAACGGUGGCUUUACAAAUGCGUCGAGGGUCAACCCCCCGAGAUCCAAGUAUUAUUUCAUAAAGUACUGAAGUACUUUAACGGUAAAACGGCGCUUGAAAUGGUUCAAAUGAGAGAAGGUAUUACGAGCCAUGACAUGAAAAGAUUACUUGCCGCACUGGACAAGUACGCUGUUGAAAUAAAGCACUGGUGA